CGUUUGCUUGACGCUGAGCAAACAUAACGUUCGAGAGCAUAUACAAUUCGGAAUUCAUCUACUUUAUACACAGUGGGAUUUUACAACAAAAAAACACAAAAUAUUUCAUUUUCUUUCUAUAGUAAAUUCAGUUCUUUUUGGUAAAUUUGAGAACCCACGUGCUAGCCGAAGCCUGCAGGCCGCGUCGACUGUAUCAGGUCGUCGGUCAUUCAUCAAUCAUCAAUCAUCCAUCAUCAAGGAAAAAUAUAUUUUAUAUUCCACGACAACUCCGAGAAAGUAAGGAUGCGUUUGGCCCACGAUUGAAAGGUGCAAAUUGAAUUGUCCGCGCGCUGCCCCAAAGAAAAAGCUAACGGGGUAAAGAUUGGACUCUUGGAUCCGCCUAUUGGAUCCCCACCAGUUCGAAGACGCCGCCACCGCCUCAACGGAUAGGGGUUCUGUGUUCUGUGUUCUGUGUUUGUUAUCAUUUUGUUCGUUAUUGUUGCAGUCAGACAUCAAACAGCACCACUUAUAUCGAGCAGGUUUUCCCAUCAGCACCAGUCCACCGCCUCAGGGGGUCUGGGCUCUCCAGCAGCCACACACAGCUACACACACACACACACACAUCCAAUCCGGCUGGAAGAAAACACUCGGGGAGAGCACACGCGGAAACGACGGAGUCCAGAGCGUGAGUCCGAUGGCAAACAAAUCCAAGUCGGAAUCCAACUAUGAGCUGGACAAGAACGUGACGGCAAUUUUCGAUGUGCGAAAGGCCUUGGGCAAGGGUGCCUAUGGGAUUGUGUGGAAGGCCAUCGACAAGCGGCAAAGGGAUACAGUGGCCCUGAAGAAGAUCUACGAUGCGUUUCGCGACACGACCGAUGCCCAGCGCACGUAUCGGGAGGUGAUCUUCCUGCGGGCCUUUCGCCAUCAUCCGAACAUCAUCCGACUCCUGGGGAUAUACAGGGCCACCAACAAUAUGGACUUCUAUUUGGUGUUCGAGCACAUGGAAAGCGAUCUGCACAUUGUCAUCAAGAAGAGGGACAUCCUCAAGGACAUCCACAGGCAGUUCGUAAUGUACCAGUUGGUCAAUGCCAUAAAGUACGUGCAUUCGGGCAACGUCAUCCAUAGGGAUCUGAAGCCCAGCAACAUACUGAUCGACAGCAAGUGCAGACUGAAGGUGGGGGACUUUGGACUGGCGCGCACGGUUUUGGUAAAGCCCAGCGAAAGAGGGACUGGCGACGCCACCGGCCUCCACGACGCCCCUACUGAGAAUGAAGGCAUGAUGUCCGACUACGUGGCCACGCGCUGGUAUCGUGCCCCCGAGAUACUCGUGGGUUGUCGCAGGUAUACUAAGGCCGUCGAUAUGUGGAGUCUGGGCUGCAUCCUGGGCGAGAUGAUAACCGAACAGCCGAUCUUCCAGGGCAGCAGCACCAUCAAUCAGAUGGAGAAAAUAUUGUCAGCCCUGCCGAAUGUGACCCAGCGCGAGAUAGACGAUAUUGGAAACAGAUUCGGGACUUCGCUGCUCUGCCGGUCGAUCCGACGCGACUACCAGCACUCCCUGAACGCCAUGUGUCGCGGCUGCACCUCCAACGAGAUUGGUUUCACCACCGCGCUGCUGAUGCUCGAUCCGAACGACCGGAUCACGGCCAGCAAGGCCCUCAAGCAUCCGUUUGUGAGCUCCUUUCGUUGCCCCUCGGCUGAGAUGGAAAUGCGACUGAAUGUGCAGCCGCCGCUGCGCGACGAUUACCGCUUCGCGCUGGACGACUAUCGUAACAGUCUGUACGGAAUGAUCUCCAAGGAGUUGGGUGCCGGCCAUCGGAUUACCCAGUCCUGUAGGACCCCGACCACGGUGCCAAGGCAUUCAGCUGCUCUACGGGAACUGCCCUUCGGGUGCCGAACCAGUGCAUUGAGCAGUAUGCGAAAGCCAUGUGCACUCGUGCCGAGCACCCCACGAAAUAACCAGAAUAGGAUCUGUGCGGAUCCCCAGCAGAAGUGUAGCAAUGCGUGUUGCAAAGUGCAGCAGCUCAACUCGCACUCCCAAUCGCGCCCCCAUUCCCUAGGCCAGGCUCAAGCGCACACUCAGUCUAUGGAGGAGCUGCCAAGGCGGCAUUACCACAAGCACAGCUCUAAUUUCGGGUUCAAGGGGCACCCCCACUCACCGCCGACCCCUCCGCAGAGGGUAGACGGAGAGCGAACCCAGCUCAAGGGCCAUCGAUCGCAUGUGCCAGCCGCACAAAGGGAGUUGCGGGAGCACGAGCGUCCAGUGGUAGUAACGACACCGCGUGUGGUAGCCCAGCCAAAGGAAAUGGAAAAGCUAAAGGAAAGGGUAAUGGAAAGGGUAAAGGAAAGGGUAAGGAUAAGGGAAAAGGAAAAGAUCCAAUUCCAAACACAGGCUCGAGCCUAUGUAGAGACACAAGCCACAGGCAAGCAAAAGCCGAAAGUCCUCGAGCUGGGUACACAUGACUGGGUCGAGAAGCUUGGUCCAACCACCUUGGCUGGUUCUCAGGAUGCUAGAGAGCCCCAGGGCGAGGCCGGCCUCCUGAAGCCGCCCAAGGCAAGAAUUUCCAAGCAGAAGCACAGAGAGCAGCCGAAGACAGUUCAAACCAGUGUCAAGCUCGAGCACGAGGCCAUAGUCGUCCAGAAGGAACCGCAGGACAUAGUGGACCAUAACCAGAACCCGAAGCCGAACCCGAACACGGACCCGGACCCGGACCCCAACCCGAAACCGAACCUAAGCCAUCGGAAAGUGAGGAAGCGGGAGAAGGAACUACUGCAGGCGCCACCGGACAGGCGCUCGGACAACACAAGGAACGAGAAGAGCCUUCUUCUCGAGGCAUUGCUGCGGCGGAAACAGCGCGAAACAAAUUCCCAGGACCCCGAUAUGGAUGCCAAAGUGCAAUCGAAUUUGGAUAAGCUCCAGGCCGACAGGAAAAAGAUGGAGAAGAAGAUCCUUAAGUAUGCGGCGGAAACCGGACUGAUGUUCAUCAGCGAAAAUUUGAAGAAUAACGGCUCAGACCGCUCCAAAACGGUAUAUUCUUCAGACUCCGAGACCUAUUUUACACCAAAAUCUCGUAAGACGUUGGUAAAGAAGACACUGAUUAAGAAAUAUAAACCCAACCGGGACGUAAAACACCACGGAAAUAACAUUACGGAGCUCCACGAAUCCACCUCGUCCUACAAGUUCAAGAAGCAGCAGCACGAUGUCUUCGAUGCAUCGGAAAAAGGCGAGCAGCAGGUGGGCGAUGCCAAACAUUUUUUGGAGGCAAAGUACUGCCUAACCCAUGAGCUCCCUCGCCACGAGAUGGAAAAACAUAGAUACGAUUCCAUAAUCCCUUCAGGAGUUCGCCAAUCGCCAGACGAUUCAUUCAACACUAGACCUACACCUGGCAAAUAUCACACAAUCCUGAAGCCCAUGUAUUUGGAUUUGUUUUCGACUCUGGCAUCGGCACCGGCUCCGGCACAGACCCUGCCCUCGAGCCACACAGUGAAGGAGCCCCGUCGCAGGAAGCAUAUUUCUGGAGAUAACUUCCAGCCCCUGCAUCAGCGACACAUCAGCGAGAUCCAGGCGGCUCGCAUCAAUAACGACUAGAUGAUUUCAUUACGAUUUUUAUGUUUUUCGUUAUAUAUAUUUUCUAUUUAUAAAUGCAAAUUUUUCGAUCGACGACAGUAAUUUAA